CUGCAACUGGGUCGGCUUGUUUACAUUAUAUUCAACUGAUCUGCCUUCAAAGUUACUGGUCGUUAAUAGCAUUUUGGCAAUCGUCAAACUAGAUGGCAACUACCGUUACCACACAGCGGGGACAGGUGUACAUCGGGGACCUUCCCCAGGACUUCCUACGCAUUGCUCCUUCACACCAGCAACAGCAGGUGCAACUGGACGCGCAGGCGGCCAGGCAGCUGCAAUAUGGGGGCUCCAUGGCCACUGUAGGGCGUCUCAGUAUCACUGUGGUACAGGCAAAGCUGGCUAAGAACUAUGGUAUGACCCGCAUGGACCCCUACUGUAGGAUGAGACUGGGCUAUGCUGUCUAUGAAACUCCAACUGCACACAAUGGGGCAAAGAAUCCUCGCUGGAAUAAAGUUAUUCAAUGCACUGUGCCUCCUGGGGUAGACUCCUUCUAUCUGGAGAUCUUUGACGAGCGGGCAUUCUCUAUGGAUGACAGAAUAGCAUGGACCCAUGUGACCAUCCCUGAAAGCCUGAGAGAGGGCAUCAUGGUGGACGAGUGGUUCAGCCUGAGUGGUCGACAAGGCGACGACAAGGAGGGAAUGAUCAACUUGGUGAUGUCAUACGCUUCCAUGCCAGCAGGAAUGAUUCCACAGCCAGUGGUCCUGAUGCCCACGCGGGGGGGCCUGUACCAGCCAGGAGUGGGAUACAUACCAAUAGCAGGUGUGCCUGGCAUGUACAAUCAGGGUGUGGUUCCCAUGGCAAUGCCGGCGGCGGUGCCGGUGGUGGCCAGCCAGAUGGCUGAGUGCAGCGAGGAGGACCUGAAGGGCCUGCAGGACAUGUUUCCCAACCUAGACCCUGAGGUGGUGCGCACUGUGCUGGAAGCCCAGCAAGGCAACAAGGACGCUGCCAUUAACUCUCUUCUGCAGAUGGCAGAGGAACUCUGAGGGCUGGUGUAACCAAUCUACACCCUGGAACGUAUAUGCACAUAUAUAUUCUCUACAUACACACACGGGCAUCCAAAUUCAACAUGUACAGUUAUUGCCCAAGUGGCACUAUAGCGCCGUCGCCUACUUGCAUUCCCGUCAUUUGGUUAGUUGAUCCAAUCACAGCCCUAGACCAACUUAAGCAGCAGCCAUUACUGAACAAGCACUAACAAUGAUUGUUUUCUCCAAAAGUUUGUCUACACUGAAAAAAGGAAUCGUGUGUUGUAUCUAAGUCAGGCAGUACAGCCUAUCAAGUUUCCUGUUUUAAUUCCACACAAAGGGGCUUGCUUACAGACUCAGAAUGAAUCAACAAUUGUUUGGGAGCCACUAUGAUGGCUUGGCACAUUCAUAUGCCCAUGCAGAAUUGUUUUAAAUUGUUCAAUUCAGAUGUCACUGUGAGGUAAUUAUUAGCCCAUAUUAUUUUACAAAAAUAUUAACCAUGUUCAGCAAUCGAGCACCAAAACAGUGCAGAGAAAGGACAUUUUGUAAUGCAAGUUUAGCUAAACGUCCCUGUCGUAAAUACAUUAUGCACCCAGUUGUAGCUUUCUGAGUCAAUACAUCGAAAAAAAUUAUAAAUUACCAACAUUUCUCUAUCUUUAGUUUCUAGUGGUUUAGAAGAGAAUGAGGACAUCUAAUGAUCAAUUAACAAAUGUGGAAGGUUAUAUGUAUAAGUCAGGCUGCCAUUCCAUGAGGGGUGAUAUUCAAGCAAAUCAGGAAGAAACAAGUGAUCAGACACCAAACAAGAUAUAUGCUCGAAACGCUACCAACUCUGCAUCACCAGAAAACGUAGCCAUAUAUGGCAUAUUACUGCCCCAUUUCUGCGUGGAUGUCUAGACCCAUGAUUCAUAUGCCAAAAAGGGAAGGAGCCAAUCCAGUCAGUUCACAUAACAUCCAUGCUUAGACAGUUACAAAGGUCAAGGAGAUUGACUAAAAGGUUUAUGUUGUAAAUCCAGAAACAAUGAUAUUUACAACUAUGACCUGUUAUCAUUUAUAUCUGUUAAACUUUUGGUGGGACCUGCUAGUCUGAAAGGUAUUGAAUGUUGCCUGCCAACGUUUUUUUUUUUGCCAACUUGCAUCGUUUUUUGCGUGUGUUUCGCUUUAAAGAUCUAUAUUUUUCAGAAAAGAUUCCCAGUGGGUUGCAAAUCUCGGAAAUAAAUAUUACUGGAGCCUUGUCAACAUGUGCCAUGUCAGGGUAAAGCGUUUGUUGAAAAGUGAGUGUCUAUUUAUACACCAUUGUUAUUUUGCCGAUUCAGUAAUUGUAUUGGAUCUUUAAGUUAUGAGCCACAGACCUUUGCCUUCAACAAAUUGUUCGACCAUGUUGCCGGAAGGAUUUUGGACCUCUUGAAUUGAACUACUUCCAAAUAUAAAUCUUAUGAACAGUGACACCCAAUAGCUUAGCAAAGACUAAACACUAUUAUAUUUGAUAUAUUUAUGGGACUCUGAGCUUGCGUGUUGGUUAAUGAAGUCGUGAUCUGAAAAUCUCUGACCUUCUUCCUCGAGUGGAUUUUCUUUUGCUUUUGUUUCUCAAUAUGACUGGAUCAUAAAUAUGAGUGAAAAUG